AUGCAGAAAUCGGUAAUUGACAAAUGGCCACAGAGUUCGAAUCGUAUCGCUUUCAUAUUCAAUUGCUGUGCGCGAGAAACGUCAUUGGAUGAAGCCUCUGUGUUUAGAUCAGUGUUCAGCGAUAUACCACUAUGUGGUAUAAGGACGUAUGGUGAAUAUGGUGUGAAUGCACCGAGUUCGUCAUCACAGAAACUGACCANUACGAGACGGAAAAGAGCACGUGAGGAGGAUGACGAUGAGAAGAGCUACAGGAAAAUGAUACUCACCUUCAGCACUGUAUUCGCUAUCAUUUCAUUUGACUAG